AGAUGAACGGCGCCGCUUCAGUUGAAAGUAUACGCAACAUGCAUGGUCUUAUUCGUUCAGGGUGCCGGAUUUCCAUAUCUCAUGUUAAGGAUUCAAUUCAUUGCUCGGCGGUUCGCGUAGUAUACAUAGGUAUAUAAGACUACGUCUAACGUCCAAUUUAGACCAAUCCACAUUCUUCUACAUGAACCACCCUAUCCGCUUCGUCUCUCUAGUCGGCAUCAUCGUCGCCCGGACAGAAUACCCCACACUAACCAUCCUCACGGUCGACGACAGCAGUGGCGCAACAAUCGACGUCAUUGUCCUCAAAGCCCCAAUUACCGAUGACGAUGGUGACCAGUCCGUUCGAAGCGGCAGAAGAGGGGACCUGCAGUCUGCAUGUGCGACUAAACAUGUCGCAGCUACAAAUAAGACAACCGUGGAUACAACGGCCUUGGUCCCGGGCGUCGUGGCACAGGUGAAGGGGACGUUAUCGAUGUUUCGGGCUACAAUGCAGAUUCAAUUGGAGCGGGUUUCUGUGGUCCAGGAUACAAACGCCGAAAUGCGGUUUCUGGAUCAGCGGAGUCGAUAUCUUGUUGAGGUGCUUUCCGUGCCGUGGAGUUUGACGGAAGAGGAGGUUGAGAGAUUGCGCUACGAGGCGGAUGAUGAAGAGGAGAGACUUGAGGAAGAGCAGGAGAGGAUAAAAAGACGGCAGCGAAGACGGAUCGAGCGGGAGGAGAAGGACCAGAGGAGAAUCCAGAAGUUAUGGGAGCGAGAAGAGAGACUCAGAGCCAAGGAGGCUUUGCAUAGCCGGGAUGCUGGAGCAAAAUUCAUGCGUGACUUCGGAGAAAGAAAAGUAUAGCACAGUUGAAGCAGUCGUAUUGAACGCUGUGUUGUGCAACCCUACCGAAAAAUAUAUUAUAGACUCAACAUGGCUUGAGCAGAGGUAUCGCAGUGCCAAGAAAAGCACAACUUAAUGAUAUGUUACAUGAAGCGGAACUAAAUAGAUGGCCGUGACACAUAACUCAUU